AUGGAAGAGUGGGAAGAGUAUGAAGAAGAAGAUGGAGAAGAAGAGGAGGAGGAAGAGGAAAGUAAAGAGGAAACAAGAGAAUAUUAUUACACACCUUCCAUACCUUUUUCCUUUUUAAAUGUCUCUUUGCCUACUUUGAGUCCUACCUUCUCCACCCCAUUCUCCAGCUCUCUUCUGUUUCAGGACACUGAAGAAGAGAGGUGUGUUUUAGGAAUAGUGACUCCUCAGAAAGCUCAGAGCUCCUUUGAAGCCACAUUUCAAAGAAAUUUAGGUGAAGAAAUCAACUACAUGGAGGAAGAGGAGAGUCUAGGCAUUAUUCAGUCUUCAAAAGAUUCUCAAUCUUUGUUGAAUAGCCAACUAAAGGAAAAGAUGACUGAUUUGGUCUAUGCUAUGAUCUUCAAGUAUCAAGUGAAAGAAUCUAUCACAAAAGUAGAAAUGUUAGAGAUUGUCAGCAAAGAAUACAAGAAACAAUUCCACAUGAUCUUUAUGGAUGCUUCUAAGUGCCUGUACAUGCUUUUUGGCAUUGACAUAAAGGAAGACUAUGCCAUAAGAAACUCCUAUACCCUUGUCAAUUCACUGAACCUUACCUAUGAAGAAAAGCUGAGUAGAGAGCAAAGAAUGCCUAGAAAUGGCUUCCUGAUAGUUAUUCUGGGCUUGAUAUUCAUAGAAGGGAAUUGUGCUUCUGAAGAAAGUGUCUGGGAAUUCCUGAAUACAAUGGGAGUAUAUGAUGGGGAGGAACACCCCAUCUAUGGAGAGCCCAGGGCAUUUCUGACCAGAGAUUUGGUGCAACAAAAUUAUUUGACAUACCAGCAGGUACCUAAUAGUUAUCCUCCAUGCUUUGAGUUCUUGUGGGGUCCAAGAGCCCAUGCUGAAACAACCAAGAUGAAAGUUCUGGAAUUUUUGGCAAGGGUCAAUGAACGCGACCCACUUUCUUUUUUAUUUUUGUAUGAAGAGGCUUUAAGAGAUGAGGAAGAGAGGGCCUGUGCCAGAAGUAUCUGUCCAAAUAGAAGUCCAGUCACAUUAACUGCAGAGCAUGCAUUUCCAGCUUAUACACAGAGUAAUAGAUUUGUUUUUGGAUGCAUUCACUCUGAGUUUGAAAAGAGCAGUCAAAAUUCUAAGUAA